AUGGGUAUCAAGGAGAUUAUGGGCCUUGGGGCCGACGAGAAGACCCAGAGGCUUCGAGAUGAAGCCCCCAAGUUCGAAAAGGUCACCUGGUACAGGGACCCAGCUCUGAGGAAGUUGACAUUCUACGCCUGCGUUCUCUGCGCUUCUUCUAUGGGAACUGGUUGGGAUGGAAUGUACAUGAACAAUGUCCAGAACUUUGACAGCUGGAAGGAAUUCUUCGACAAACCAGAGGGCGAGAGACUCGGUCUCCUCAUCGCUCUCUACCAAAUUGGUUCAGUCGCAUCUAUCCCUCUUGUCCCCCUCAUCACCGAUCGAUGGGGUCGUCGUCCUUCUAUUGCUCUUGGUUUCAUCAUUAUGGCUAUUGGCGCUGGUCUCCAAGCUGGUGCUCCUAACUAUGCCACCUUCUCUGGUGGUCGUGUUCUUCUCGGUUUCGGUAACUCGUUCGCUCAAAUCGCAUCUCCCAUGCUUCUCGCCGAGCUUUGCCAUCCUCAGCACCGUGCCCGUUUUACCACAGUUUACAACUGUCUCUGGAACUUGGGUUCUUUCCUUGUUUCUUGGACAUGCUUCGGUACUUCAUUCUGGGGUAACGACUGGUCAUGGCGAUUCCCUGCCAUCCUUCAAGGUGCUCCCGGUCUUCUUCAGCUCGUGGUGCUUUUCUGGAUCCCCGAGUCUCCUCGCUUCCUUAUGGCCAAGGAUCGCCAUGAUGAGGCCCUGACUGUCCUUGCCAAAUACCAUGCUAACGGCGAUGUCAACCACCCCACUGUCCAGUUCGAGUACCGUGAGAUUCGCGAGACUAUUAAGGCUGAACAGUUGGCUGAUAACACCUCUUCAUAUAUCGAUUUCUUCAAGACCAAGGGAAACCGUUACCGCCUUGUUGUUCUCUUCUCUCUUGGUAUCUUCUCCCAAUGGUCUGGAAACGGUGUCGUCUCCAACUACUCAGCCAUUCUAUAUGAGCAAGCAGGACUAGAGAGCGAGCAGGAUCGCCUCAUUAUUACUGCCGGAAAGACGAUUCUUGACAUGAUUGUUUCGAUUGGAUGCGCUUUGUUUGUCGAUCGCCUCAACCGUCGUUUCUCUUUCCUGUUUGCCACUGGAGGCAUGUUCGUUGUCCUCAUCUUCUGGACUCUCACUUGUGGUCUGUACGAGCAGCACCAGGCUGCUGGAGCUAACUACGGCAUGAUCUUCCUUGUCUGGAUGCACGGUAUCUUCUACUCCACCUGUUGGUCUGGUCUCCUCAUCGGUUACGCCGUUGAGAUUCUCCCCUACUCUCUCCGUGCCAAGGGUCUUAUGAUCCUAAACAUCUCUGUCCAGAUCGCCCUCCUCCUGAACAACUACCUCAACCCUCUUGCUUUCAAAGCCUGGCAGGCUGGCGAUAACCAGAUCUUUGGUGGAAACACCUGGAGACUCUACCUCAUCUACACCAUCUGGGUUUUCGGAGAAGUUGCCUUCAUCUACUUCAUGUAUGUCGAGACCCGUGGACCUACUCUUGAGGAGGUUGCCAAGGUCAUCGAUGGUGAUAACGCUGCUGUUGGCCACGUCACUAUGGAGAAGGUUGAGAAGGAGGCUCUGAAUGAGGAGGUCGACAACGUUUCGUCGGAGGGUCAACAGGUCCACGAGGUGGCCCCCACCAAGGUCUAG